AUGGAAUGUGAACUCACUCAAGACAUAGAAGAUGGAUCAGAGUUGGAUAUGUCUACUGAGAUGAAUGCCUUAUGGAAAUGCUUUCGAUCACUUGAUAUUAUUGAGAAACGAGUGUUGAAGAGUAAAGUGCGUGAACUUGCUUUUCCAAAUACAAGUUCAAUGUGUCCACCACCUGAAAAAGUCAAAACCAAAGGAAGAGUGAAGAAGAGUAAGGGUAUGAAGCCAGAUGGAUAUGAUCCAUACAUUGAUGACAUAUUUGACGUGGUAGCUGAUGGAAAUUGUGGUUUUUGCGCUAUUGCAUUAUUGCUUGGUUUCGGUGAAGAGUGUUGGUCUUUGGUCCGCAAGAGAUUGGAUCAAGAGAUUGUUUCUCAUGUAACUCCAUAUGAUAGAUUGUUCACCGAACGCAUUAAAGAAGUAAGAGAUUCGUUGAUGAUAUCCGGCUUAGGUGUUCAACCCAUGGAUAAAUGGUUGUCCAUACCUGAUAUGGGUUACGUGAUAGUGACAUCAUAUAAUAUUAUUCUUGUCACGUUCGGUCUGACAUUUUCAAUGACUUUCUUUCCUAUGAGGGGUUCACAUUCCGGAUCGACAAAAAAUGAUCGCAUUUGUUGUAUUGGUUUUGUUAACGGAAAUCACUGGGUUCCGUUAAAGAUGAAAGAUGGAUUUCCAAUGCCAGACAUUGCACCAGGUUGGAAGCAAUAUCGUACCAAUGAAGCAACUUCUUGGGCAAUAGCAUACACAGGCCGUCUACAACACUGGGGGUAUUUAUUAGGCCGGUUGUCACGUGUUACCCAAAAUCCACCUACGGAACCCGUAGAUGCAAUGUCUUUAGAUGAACCUUAA